AAACCCAGUUGUACGGCGACGACAGCCGGGCCCGUCCGUCGACCCAUCCUCUGGUGUCUAUUGACCGAGACACGGCGCCCUUACGCCCUUUCGCCUCCUCCUCUUGCCUGGCCGCUCCCGCUCUUGUCGACGGACGAAAAACCCAUCCCGUCGGCUGAUCAGAUGUAUUGA